AUGGCUGCCCUUCACUCGCUCCGAUUCUCUCCCAAACCGUCGCCGCUGUCAAGGGGCAGCGGCCAGCAAGGCGGCACGAGCCUCUGCGCCGCCAAGCCCCCCGCCGUGAAGCUUCCCAGCGCCUCCAUCGUCCACAACAACAGCCAGGAUCCCCUCCUUCCGCUACCGGAUCUCCCCGCUCCGCUGAAGGAGAAGAUCCUAUGCCUGGAGAUGAUGGGCAUCGACUCAGGGCGAGCUCUCUCCCUCAACCCUUCCCUCCGCUCUGCCCCCAUCGACUCCCUCCAUGCCGUCGUCUCCUACCUCCUCUCCAAGGGCGUCCACCACAAGGACAUGGGUCGCAUCUUCGGCAUGUGCCCCGGAGCACUCACCGCCGACGUGCGGCGGGACCUAGCCCCCGUCUUCCGGUUCCUCGCCGGCCAGCUCGGCGUGCCAAGCACCGGGUUCCGGCGGGUAGUGAACAAGUGUCCGCGGCUGCUGGUAUGCAGCGUCCCAGAGCAGCUGCAGCCGGCGCUGAUCUUCCUGCGGCGGCUGGGCUUCUGGGACAUGGAGGCGCUGGCAUACCAGGACCCGGUACUCCUGGCGUCGAGCGUGGAGAGGACGCUGCUGCCGAAGCUGGAGUACCUGGCGGGGGAGCUGGGGUACGGAAGGGAGGAGGCGGCGGCGAUGGUGGUGAGGUGCCCAGCGCUGUUCACCUUCAGCGUGGAGAACAACUUCCGGCCAAAGCUCGGUUACCUCGUGGGGGAGAUGGGGAGGUCCGUGGAGGAGCUGAGGGAAUUCCCCCAGUACUUCGCUUUCAGCCUGGAGAAGAGGAUCAAGCCCAGGCACCGCCAGAUGGAGGAUCGCCGCCUCCGGCUCUCCCUGCCGGAGAUGCUCAGAACGACAGACCAGGAGUUUGCGCUCCUCCUUCACAGGGCCGGCGACAAAGGAGCCAUCUUUCCUCGUCUAGAAUGA